AUGGUUUCUCUCAAGCAAGCCCUUGUUAUGGCGAUGGCAUUCAUCGCCGUUAGUGCCACCCCAGUCGCCGUCACCGAAACAGUUACCAUGGCCAAAGACUCUAUUGCAGAUGAUUUCCAAUCAUCGAAUCUUCCCAAUGGGAUUCUAGCAAGAGGCGGCGCUUGCGGUCAAGGCAACUGUCCUGAUUACAACGACGGCGUAGACUUGAUCUACCAAUGGACAGUUAUCCCGCAGCCUGGAGUCGGGGGCGCCCCUCCCAUCCCCCUCGUCACGAUGGAAUACCACGGCCGUUGGAACCAUUGUGGCAAGUGUGGUCGGGUCAAGACUAACGGGGACGGAUGCUUCAGUUUUACAGGCUGUGGUGUCAAGCAGGACGUCUGCAUCGACAAGAAGAACAAGCGCAUGCAUCGCAUCUACAGGGAUAAGAACAUUAAGAAGUGCUGGGGGAUUAAACAGCAUGACUUGGGGGGUUGCGGGUUUAUCAAAGAGACUCUAAUCUGGGAGCCUACCAACCAGAUCUCGUGCAAUUGGUAG